AUGACUGCACAUGGUGCAGCCCAGUGUGUCCGCAAUCUGAAUCUCGAUGUUAAACUUCCUUUCAUCGCUGCGGAAGAGGACACUGGCCCCAUCGUAAAGCCGCUCGUGCAAAAGAGUGCAGGAGAGAAUGUCAUUGGCUGUAGGGAAUGGAGCAAUCUCUGUGAGAUCAUCGAGGCUUUUACCCUAGCUACUGGUAAGAAAGCAGAACAUGUCUUACUGCCAAAGGGUCAAUCAAGGAUUCCGGUUCCGCCUGAGCUUGUUAUUGAAAUGAAAACUGGGCUUACUGCAACGAGUUCGGAUAUGAAGGACAAUAUGAUCCUGAUAUCAUUCGCCCCAAAGAUUUGA